UCUGUCACUUUAGGGCAAGAAGUGGAAGCAUUCCAACCAUGAUUCCAACCAUGAUUGCAACUGAUUAAUUACGUCAUACCCCUGCGUCAUACACAUUAUACAUAAAUAUCCAAGAUGGCGGUAUCGAUGGCAAAGAAGAUAUUUCCAAUGGAAAGUGUUUUUCUACGAGUAGUCAAUAACAACAUACGAUAUAAAACUGCCAUUAAACAACAAACUCAAACGGCCUCUUAUCAUGCUCUUAGGAGACGGUUUUCAUCCAUGGAACAGCAUGAGCCACCAUCCAGUCGUAUUAGGGGGAAACAUACCUUAACAAUGAUUCCAGGGGAUGGGGUUGGUCCAGAACUGUGUGAGUCUGUAAAGAUGGUGUUUGCUGCAGCCGGGGUACCUGUGGAAUGGAAUGAAAUUCCCAUAAGUGAUAUUGGUGGCUAUGGCAACCGACAUUCACUGCUAGAAGUUUCAGAUUCUUUGAAGAAAACAGGAGUGGCCAUUAAAGGUGCAUUAACAACUCCAACAAGCAUCAACAAUCAAGAUAUUCUUUCACUAAAUCAUAAAAUGAAGAUUGAUUUGGAUUUAUUUGCAAAUGUAGUUCAUUGUAAGUCAUUUCCUGGAUUAAAAACAAGACAUAAUAACAUUGAUGUUAUUAUAAUCAGAGAACAAACAGAGGGAGAAUACACAAGUUUAGAACAUGAAACUGUUCCUGGUGUUGUUGAAAUGAUCAAAGUAAUUACAAGGAAGAAGUCGGAGAGAAUUGCUAAAUUUGCAUUUGAUUAUGCAACAAUGCAUGGAAGAAAGAAAGUUACUGCUAUUCAUAAAGCUAACAUUAUGAAAAUGGCAGAUGGUUUGUUUCUCAAAACUUGUGAAGAAGUAUCAAAACUUUACCCAAAAAUCCAAUUCCAAGGCAUGAUUGUGGACAACACUUGUAUGCAGAUGGUCUCCAAUCCUCAGCAGUUUGAUGUACUUGUUUUACCAAAUCUUUAUGGUAACAUUAUUGGGAAUGUUGCAACUGGUCUUGUUGGUGGCGGUGUUGUUCCAGGCAAAAGUAUUGGCAGUCAAUUUGCAAUAUUUGAACCAGGUGCAAGACAUACAUUUGCUCAAAUGGCUGGAAGAAAUGUUGCAAAUCCUACUGCAAUGUUGUUAUCUGGUGCUGACAUGUUGGAUCAUAUCAACUUAAAAGUUCAUGCAAGAACGGUUCGCAGUGCAGUUGAAAGGACUAUAAGUACAGGAAAGUGUUUGACGAUGGACAUGGGAGGCAGUGCAAGUACAUCAGACUUUGUUCAAGCUGUGAUAUCCAAUAUUUAUUGAUCAAAACAUCCAUUAUGCUGAACUCUUUAAAGUAGGUCACUGUAUUUAACUGUGCAAGCACAGUGAAUUUUAUUAAUUCAAGUGUCAAAAAAGUUUUUAUGUUGAAACAUUUGGAACAUUACUUUAUGAAUUUUUAUUCUGUUCAUUGCCAUGCAGGAUACUUUAUGACAACAUAUGUUGACCAAAAUUAUUGCCUAGCUAGUUGUUAGGUAGUUUAAAUGCAUAAAUGUUUUUUAAAAUUGCUUAUUUGAAACAGACAAACAUACAUAAACUGUAUUUAUUUAUGAACAAAAGGCUUUAGACUUCAAUUGUAAAUGGUAAGAAAUCGUUAUCAUCAUCAGAUCCAUUGA